AUGUCCACUAAAAUCAAAGAUAAUUAUUGCGUAGCAUGCGGUAGCUCACCACCAUCACCUAGUAAAAGACUAAAAAUUAAAUGUGCUUACUGUAAACAAGACUAUCACAUUCAAUGUGUGAACAUAAAAAUUGAAACAUACAAGGAUCUAAGCAGAGUUGCAAGAACGUCAUGGAAAUGUUCCACUUGUAUAAACGUUACCACUCGCCGCAAAGGGGACAACAAUAACAACCCGAUGUCAGCUCGUCGUCCUGCGACGCUUGAUGACUCCAAUAUGUCAAUAGAUGAAAUAACCCACCUAGAUCCAUCUGGCUCUGGUAGCCGUAUUCAGGAGCCUAUACCCAUUACUGACAACCUUACACUUAACAGCAUAGCCGAACUUCUUGACUCAAAAUUUAAAAGUUUUAGGGAGUCUUUUUUCUCUGAUAUGAAGUCAUUCAUCAGAAGUGAAAUAAAUUCUGCUAUUGAAAAAACAAAACAAAAAUUCACUGAAACGACGGGUUUUUUGCAGUCAGAAAAUAAAGAUAUAAAAGCUUCCCUAUCUGUUGUUGAAACUCACAUCAGCGAACUAGAGAAACAAAAUUGCAAUUAUCUGAAAAAUAUUACAAAUUUGCAGAAUCACUUGGAGUCUAUAGAAAAAGUUACGCGAAAUCGCAACGUUGAAAUACAGGCUGUCCCUGAAAAACGUAAUAAAAACGUACUUGCCAUAGUAAAAAACCUUUAUAAGACCUUAAGCUUACAAAUCAAUGACGAUGAAGUCAGCUCAUGUCAUAGAGUUGCUAAGUUACCAUCUACUUCUGCAAGCCGUCCACGCAAUAUUCUAGUGAGCCUUCUAACUAUUCGUUACAGAGACAAAUUAAUUUCAACAGUGAAACGUUUUAACAAAGCCAACCCAAGGGAUCGGAUAAGGUCAGUGCAUCUUGGUGUAGCUGGCCAUCCUACGAUACGAGAACCGAGCACCUGUCACCCGAGUGCAAGGAACUCCAUUCGGCUACUUGAAUAA